UCCUCCCGGGAGGAGGGGCUCGAGGUCCGCGUAGUCGCGCAGAGCUGACUCUGGGAGGCGUUUGGGCCCAGGGAAGUGGAUCGGCUACCUGCGCCGCAUGGAGUCCGAAUCGGAAAGCGGGGCUGCCGCUGACACCCCCCCGCUGGAGACUCUAAGCUUCCAUGGUGAUGAAGAGAUUAUUGAGGUGGUAGAACUGGAUCCAGGCCCGCCGGACCCGGCAGAUGAUCUGGCCCAGGAGAUGGAAGAUGUGGACUUUGAGGAAGAAGAGGAGGAGGAAGAGGGCAACGAGGAGGGCUGGGUCCUGGAACCCCAGGAAGGGGUGGUUGGCAGCAUGGAGGGCCCGGAUGAUAGCGAGGUCACCUUUGCAUUACACUCAGCAUCUGUGUUUUGUGUGAGCCUGGACCCCAAGACCAACACCUUGGCUGUGACAGGGGGUGAAGAUGACAAAGCCUUUGUGUGGAGGCUCAGCGAUGGGGAGCUGCUCUUCGAGUGUGCAGGCCAUAAAGAUUCUGUGACCUGUGCUGGCUUUAGCCAUGAUUCCACUCUAGUAGCCACAGGAGACAUGAGUGGUCUCUUGAAAGUGUGGCAGGUGGACACCAAGGAGGAGGUCUGGUCUUUUGAAGCAGGAGACCUGGAGUGGAUGGAGUGGCACCCUCGGGCACCUGUCCUGCUGGCAGGCACAGCUGAUGGCAACACCUGGAUGUGGAAGGUCCCAAAUGGUGACUGCAAGACCUUCCAGGGUCCCAACUGUCCAGCCACCUGUGGCCGUGUCCUUCCUGACGGAAAGAGAGCUGUGGUGGGCUAUGAAGAUGGCACCAUCAGGAUUUGGGACCUGAAGCAGGGGAACCCCAUCUAUGUACUGAAAGGGACUGAGGGUCACCAGGGGCCUCUGACUUGUGUUGCUACAAACCAGGAUGGCAGCCUGAUCCUCACUGGAUCUGUAGACUGCCAGGCCAAGCUAGUCAGUGCCACCACCGGCAAGGUGGUGGGUGUGUUCAGACCUGAGACUGUGGCCUCCCAGCCCAGCCUGGGAGAGGGAGAGGAGAGUGAGUCCAACUCAGUGGAGUCCUUGGGCUUCUGCAGCGUGAUGCCUCUGGCUGCCGUCGGCUAUCUGGAUGGCACCUUGGCCAUCUAUGAUCUGUCCACGCAGACGCUCAGGCACCAGUGUCAGCACCAGUCGGGCAUUGUGCAGCUGCUGUGGGAGGCUGGCACUGCCGUGGCUUACACCUGUAGUUUGGAUGGCAUUGUGCGCCUCUGGGAUGCACGGACCGGCCGCCUACUUACUGACUACCGGGGCCACACGGCCGAGAUCCUGGACUUCGCCCUCAGCAAAGAUGCCUCCCUGGUGGUGACCACGUCAGGAGACCACAAAGCGAAAGUGUUUUGUGUCCAGAGACCUGACCGUUAACCGCCGUGGUCUCUGGCAUGGUCCAUGUCUGGUGUUGAGGGGAUGGGGGGAGAUCCUUGCCCCUCCAGCAGAAGUGCAGGAUACAGAGGGAAGAGGAGGGGACGGGAUCAGAUCGGAACCCCUUCACCUGACCUGCCUCUUCUGUCCUUUUCUCCCCCGGAGACUGGCCCUCCCUGCCCCUCUUUUCCCGCCCUGCCUGGGGCCCUUUAGAGGGAGGCUGAUCUUUCACUUCCAUUUGCUGGUGUGAGCCAUGGGGUGCGUCUUUGUAUGUGAAGGGUGUUGGUCUUUUGAGGUUCCCGUUCUUUCCCUUCCCAAGUCUUUGGGGGGUGGAAAGGAGGAAGAGAGACUAGUUAAAGAUUUUAAAAAUGUAAAUAAAAUAUACUUCCCAGAG